AUGCUCCGCACAUUCACCUUUGCUCGUCAUCUCCCCAGGAUUACUUCCAUCGCCUCCGCCUCCUCCUGGAAGACCCCCAUCCCUACCCUUUCAUUCCUCACCACCACCUCAACCCCUCAUCACCAACAGAACCGCACCUACGCCUGUCAGAUCCACCACCCCACAAAACUAGGCCAACUCCGCGCAAAACUCCGGACAUUUGGCCAAGGCCACAUCGAACUCGACCUCCACCAUUCCCCUGGACUUGCGCUCCUGACAUUAACCAACCCCGAGAAACACAAUGCCCUCACAGGCAAGAUGAUGGCUGAGCUGGCGGAUUGUGUGGAUCUACUUGAGGCUGUCACUGAUCGCAAGCAAGGAGACUCGACGGAGGAGGACUUGAGGGAGUUGUUGAAGGAGUCGGGAGUCGUGUUGAAGAAGGCGGGUAUGGCGGUUCAAAGGCUGGAUCAGGAGUCGUUGAAGGCUUUGAAGGAUGGGUUGGUGGGUGUUAUUGUCACCGGCUCGCAACACAAGUCCUACUGUGCCGGACUUGACCUCUCCGCCGCAAAGACAACCCUCCUAACCCCCCAAGCAGGCUCGGAGAUGUCCGCCCUCAUGGUCUCAACCCUCACUCGCUUCAUGCGCCUCCCCCUCAUCUCCAUCGCUGCCAUCGAAAAGGCCGCCAUCGGAGGCGGCGCCGAAAUGACAACCUUCUGUGACCAUCGCUGUAUCACUGACCAGGCCAAAGUCCAAUUCGUCCAAACACAGAUGGGUGUUGUUACAGGCUGGGGUGGUGCCAGUCGGCUUUUGAACCUCGUCUCUCGGUCUCAGGCAUUGCGGCUUCUGGGAUCUGCGGAACCGAUUCGUGGCGGAGAGGAGGCUGUGAAGUUGGGGUUCGCGCAAGCUGUUAGUCCAGUCGGCAAGGCUGUUGAGGGUGCGAGCGAGUAUAUGCAGCAAUAUGUCUGGGAAAGAGCUCCUGGUGUUGGACAGGAUGAGAACACAGGAGCAAGGCGAUGUGUGGAGGCUGUUAAGGCCAUGAAGCGGAUCGUCAGCUUUGGACUGGACUAUGAGCGUAUUGAAAGAGUCUCAGAGCUCGAGAAGGAUCUUUUUAAGGGACUUUGGGGUGCUCCAGAUAACCUUGCCAGAGUCGAAGCCGCUUCUGCCCCCAAAAAGAAGAAGCAGAUUAGGUAG